CCACUGGCUGCUCUGAAAAGCCAUCUUUGCAUUGUUCCUCGUCCGCCUCCUUGCUCGCCGCAGCCGCCUCCGCCGCACACCUCCUCCACCGCCGCGGACUCCGGCAGCUUUAUCACCAGAGUCCCUGAACUCUCGCUUUCUUUUUAAUCCCCUGCAUCGGAUCACUGGCGUGCCCCACCAUGUCAGAUGCAGCCGUAGACACUAGCUCCGAAAUCACCGCCAAGGACUUAAAGGAGAAGAAGGAAGUUGUGGAAGAGGCGGAAAAUGGAAGAGACGCCCCUGCUAACGAGAAUGCUAAUGAGGAAAAUGGGGAGCAGGAGGCUGACAAUGAGGUAGAUGAAGAAGAGGAAGAAGGUGGGGAGGAAGAGGAGGAGGAAGAAGAAGGUGAUUGUGAGGAAGAAGAUGGAGAUGAAGAUGAGGAAGCUGAGUCAGCUACGGGCAAGCGGGCAGCUGAAGAUGAUGAGGAUGAGGAUGUCGAUACCAAAAAGCAGAAGACCCACGAGGAUGACUAGACAGCAAAAAAGGAAAAGUUAAACUAAAAAAAAAGGCCGCCGUGACCUAUUCACCCUCCACUUCCCAUCUCAGAAUCUAAACGUGGUCACCUUGGAGUAGAGAGGCCCGCCCGCCCACCGUGGGCAGUGCCACCUGCAGAUGACACGGGCUCUCCACCACCCAACCCAAACCAUGAGAAUUUGCAACAGGGGAGGAAAAAAGAACCAAAACUUCCAAGGCCUUGCUUUUUUCCUUAAAAGUACUUUAAAAAGGAAAUUUGUUUGUAUUUUUUAUUUACAUUUUAUAUUUUUGUACAUAUUGUUAGGGUCAGCCAUUUUUAAUGAUCUCGGAUGACCAAACCAGCCUUCAGAGCGUUCUCUGUCCUACUUCUGACUUUACUUGUGGUGUAACCAUGUUCAUUAUAAUCUCAAAGGUGAAAAAAAAACUUGUAAAAAAAGCAAAAAUGACAACAGAAAAACAAUCUUAUUCUGAGCAUUCCAGUAACUUUUUUGUGUAUGUACUUAGCUGUACUAUAAGUAGUUGGUUUGUACGAGAUGGUUAAAAAGGCCAAAGAUAAAAGGUUUCUUUUUUUUCCUUUUUUGUCUAUGAAGUUGCUGUUUAUUUUUUUUUUUUUGGCCUGUUUGAUGUAUGUGUGAAACAAUGUUGUCCAACAAUAAACAGGAAUUUUAUUUUGCUGAGUUGCUCUA